AUGAGUCUCUCAAGGAGAAUUUGCAUAGAAUGGCCACCAGAGGUACCCGAAGAAGAAACAAAAACGAUGGUUUUUACUUCUCCUCAAAAUCAUUUUGUUGAUGUCAGAAUAUACAAAAACAGGUAUCCAUAUCUAUCCCAAGACACAAAUGUUUUCCUUGACGAUUUGUUUCAAUGGUGUAUGUCAGGGGUAGAGGAGCCUAUAUAUGGUACCAAUAAGAUUAAAUUUUUGCACGAUGUGGACUCACAGGUUAUUUCAAAAUCAAUCAAGUUACAUAUACCCUUGCACGAAGCAGUUGGAGAACCUGACAUUGGAGACUUCUCUCUGAAAACCGAAUCAGGGGACAGAAUUGAAACAGGGCUGAUGAUUAAUCCAGCGUCUAGCUUGAAACAAGACUACGUUGAAAUCUGGCGUUCGUUGGAUCCAAAUCAACAUACACCAACGAUAGAAGUAAAAGAGAAAUGUCCCCCAGAAGAAUUUGAUGUUACAGUAUUAAAAGUCUCCUCUGACAGAUAUGAAGGGAAGGUCAUUAAAUUAGGCAACUGGACCCAAGGGAUCUUACAUGAUAAACACAAUCUGAAAAUGCCCUUGCAUGUUAUAAGAUCUUUUUUUAACUCUUCAACGCAUCAAACUGUUCCUUUGAUUCAAUAUGGUGACAUGGAGCUAUUUCCCGCAGAUUCUGACUAUGUGUUGAACUCAUCGAUUCACAUUAAUGAUACUCUAACUUGGAAAUGUAUAGAAAAGUAA